AUGCAGAAGCUGCCGUAUGUUGUUGUGACGAAUCCUCAUCUCUCCUAUGUCUACGAACUAUACUACAAGGCCUUUGAGCGCUUCCGGACAGUUCCCGAGAUCAAAACAAUAGAAGAUAAUGAUAGAUACUGUGACAUUUUACGCCAUGCUCUCAAGGAGCAUCUUACCGUUAUUCCCAACCUUGCAAUGGGUGUAUUGGAGUGCCAGGACUUAGUCAAGCCUGACGUUAUGGACCGGUUUAUGAAUACUCUCCUGCGAGCGAGAAUAUCACGACGGGUGAUAGCAGAGCAACACCUGGCUCUUACAGAGACAUUCAAUUCACCAUGGCAUUUCCCAGAUUCGUCCGAACGCGAUAUGGGUGCAGAUUUCGUCGGUGAAGUUUUCCUCAAAUGUAACGCAAAGGACGUUGUAGAGCGCUGCGGAAAGCUAGCCCGUCACCUACUGCGACAAACUCUCGGUCCGGACGCAAGAAUUCCCAAAAUAUCCAUUCAGGGUCAUCUUGGUGCUACAUUCCCUUACAUUCUAAGCCACCUGGAGUAUAUAGUUGGAGAGCUGCUCCGCAAUUCCAUGCAGGCAGUUAUCGAGAAAUACAAAGACAGCAAUAGCCCACCACCGCCGAUAGAGGUGCUCAUCUGCGAGGCUCCACAACAUGUCAUUAUCCGUGUCUCAGACCAGGGCGGCGGCAUUCCUCGCGAUAUCCUCCCCUAUCUCUGGUCAUUCUCCAAGGGCCCUCGUUCGAAAACUCGAUUGGAGAACCUUGGCCAGAUUCACGCCAUGGCCGCAACUAUGCAGGAACUGAAUGUUUCACAUCAAGACUCGUCAAAAGUACCCAGAGGAAUAAAGGAAAACUCCCUAGACUCUCUCAGUUCGCGUCCGCCUAAUCUAAGGCUCGGAAUGGGCCUCCCGAUGAGUCGUGUCUAUGCAGAGUACUGGGCUGGAACACUCGAGCUCCAUAGCCUCGAGGGAUAUGGUGUCGAUGCUUUCCUACAGAUUUCUAGGCUGGGGAACCAGAACGAGCAAGUGUCGAAGCGAGCGGCUAUCGAUGCUGUAUAA